UCCCUUGAAGGUGGGUUCACUAUCUUCACAGCGGCUGUGGAGGCCGGUUCAGCUCCUGAGCCCCGCGGUUGUUUAGCAGGCUUUUGGCGCCUAAACGUUUCCAGAAGACGGAAUCUGGACAACUAGGACAUUUUCUUUCGGCACUCAUGGUGGAGGCAACGACUCUGCAUCUGGUUUAAACAGACGAGUUCUUCCAACCCAGAGAGUGGGCAGCUAUGAAGCCCAAGCACAGAACGAUAGCCACAAGACAGUGGACCCGGAGUGCUGUGGCCUACCGCACUAGGUCUGCAGCCAUGAUUGAGAUGCCUCUGAGUAUGAGAGGCUGGCCACCUCUCCAGAAGAGGGAUGGGUCAUAUCUCCAGAAGAAGGACGGGUCAUCUCUCCAGAAGCAAAAACUGGGCAGACCUUUAGAGGUCCUGGAGAACAUUGUUGGCCACAGAAUUUCUCAUGGAUGGAAAGAAGGCGAUGAGCCAGUCACCCAGUGGAACGCCAUCGUUCUAGACCAACUGCCGACAAAUCCCCCCCUCUAUUUGUUGAAGUACAAUGGGAUUGAUUGUGUCUACGGAUUGGAGCUUCACCACGAUGAAAGGAUUUUACAGCUGAAGAUCCUGCCCAAUAAAGUGUCAUGUCCUCGGGUGACAGACACCCACCUCACAAACAGCAUAGUUGGCAGAGCCGUGACACACGAAUUCGAGGGCACAAAUGGCUCUAAGGAUGGGUGGAGAGGGGUGGUCCUAAACGAGGUGCCGAUCAUGAAGACCUGGUUCUACGUUACCUAUGACAAAGAUCCGGUCUUGUACAUUUACCACCUCCUGGAUGACUACAUUGCAGGCAACCUCCACAUCAUGCCAGAGAGGCCUCCAGUAGAAGUGACAUCGGGAGUAGGCAGGGAUGUCGUGAUAGGCAAAUGUGUGCAGCAAAGCAAAAACGACGGAACCAUAAAGACGGGCAAAAUCGUUUACCAAGUUCCCACCAAACCUUCCAUGUAUUUCGUCAAGUUUGAAAAAGACACCCUUAUCUAUGUCUAUGAUGUGAGGAUGAUCCAGUAAAGUGAAAGUCACAAAGUGUGGAGGGGCAGACAUAAAAUUUUGUUUGGGGAGAAUGCUCUUUUUUUUUUUUCAGAGAUACCUAAGGUCCUCUAAUAACCCCGGUAUCUUUUUCAAUGGAACUUGUCUUGCU